CUAGAAAUCGGCAGUCCCUUGAAGUGAUUCUAGUCACUAUCACAUGAAGCCCAGGCUGACGUGGCCCGGGCUAAAUCCAGGACGAUAUGCAGUCAGCUCGGGCCGCAAGGAGAUUUCAGUCCGAGCCUUCGCUGAGGGGCGAUUUAGCAGCAUCUAGCAGCAUGUCGGGAAUAUCUCCUCCUGGGUUAGUACUACUGAAUUCCCUUCCAAGGAAUAAGAGUGCUCUCCUUCCAAGGUUUAUUACUGACCUCCGUCUCAGGUCUACGAGUGAUCUUACUCCCUCAACCUAUCAGCAGCUAAUUUCACCGCCGGAAUCUUUACGUCCAAGAUGGCUACUCCCGCUGCUAUCAACAGCUUGACUGAUGAUCUUCUCAUACGGAUCCUCUGGCAUUCACGGCCCGCUUCUGACGAAUCCCACGCGGACAAAUUGCUGGCCUCAUUGGACCCAGAUUUGGAGUACAUACAUGCGUGGCGAUCCGUGAGAUUUGACAUGGACGAGAAGCUCAAGACGCCGAUUCCCACUCCGCCUGCCUCCGCAGAUGCCGCUGUAAGCCUCUUCAACGCGUCAGUCUGCAGUCGCUGGCGUCGCCUUGCCAAGGAAUUCGUUUCCACACUUUGCUUCAGAAGAAAAUCCAGCGUGUUCCAGGAAGAUCUCUCAGUCGCUGUCUCCAGAUUCCGAAUCUGACGCAUCUCCAUUUGACUGACAGCAGCGUCCAUACCCUGGACGACAAUUUCCUCUCUCACCUGGCGUCGUCGUGUCCUAAUCUGACGGCUCUCCAUGUGGGAUGGAGGAUCUCGCCGAGGGAUGAACGGCGGAUUGAGCACCCAAUCACGCCGAGUGGUCUAGAUCAGCUUUUCCAGAAGUGCACGAGUCUGCAGCAGCUUCCGUCCUCCCAAGGAUGCUGAGUUCCCGGCAUCUUUCUUCCAGCUGAAGAAGCUGCAAACGGUUCUUCUGACCGAUGCUGCCGUCUUGGAUAAUCCCAGUUUCACCAACCUCUCCUCUCUCACCACCGUCUACAUCGGCUUUCCCUGGCAUCAUCGGCAUCUCAUUCAGCUCCCCAAACUUACCCAUCUUUCAAUCCUUUUCACCGAAUCACAAACCAGUCGGCGCUCAGGUCCUUCAAGCAUGGUGGUACCAUCUUCCCUGCAGUCGCCGAAAUUCCUAGAAUCCUGUCCUCAAUUCCUUCCAUCAGGAUCACCAUGCAGCCGCCUAGAAGAGCUGCUGAUUUCCAAGUGCAACCAGUUCCAUCGCCUUCCGGACGGCCUGGGAGAGCUGCUGCCGUUCCUGCGCAAAGUCGCCCUUUACGGGUGCGAGUCCUUGGUGGAGCUUCCUCCAAGCGUCACUUCUCUCACCCGCCUCGAAACUCUCGCCGUUGCCAACUGUUCCCGCCUUUCCAGUCUGCCCCGGAACUUAGGACGAUUACCGGCCCUUAAAGUCCUGGUGUUGCAGUACUUGCCUCUCUCAGCGCUCCCUAACUCGUUCUGUCACCUCACCUCACUGCAGACCCUCACCUUGAUGUCCUGCAACAAGCUUUCCUGGCUGCCAGCUGGUUUCGGUCGCCUUACUGCUCUUAAGUCGUUUUUUGUUUGAGAGAUGGAUCAGUUGGUCCUUCCAGACGACUUGGGGGACCUCUGUAGUCUUCAGAUGUUCCAUAUGGAUGGAAACAACGAGCUUGAGUUUCUCCCACCCUCAUUCACGCAGCUGUCUUCCCUGACGGUUCUCGAAAUCCACGCUUGCAACAUUCGCAGGUUUCCCGAAGGCAUGCAGGAGCUGCAGCACUUACAGGAGGUGUGGGUCCUCGAAAGCUCUAACUUUGAGGAGUUCCCGGAGUCAUUCUCAAGUCUAACUUGCCUUGAAGUUCUCAAGUUUGAAGUGCAACUCGUACCCGAGGAGCAGGGGAUGUAUGUUGAGCUCGCUUCAGUGCCACGGUGAUUGGAUAGCCUUGGGAGGCUUAAGGAGUUGGAGCUGCUGGGAUGUGAGCUGAAUCCCAGAAGCGCUGCCUCAGUCACUUGAGAUUCUGAGCCUGGGGAAUUACGACCAAGAAACUCCUCGUCCUGAUUUCUCCCUGCUGCCAAAUCUGAAAGAUCUGAAGCUGCAUCUGCCGGGGGUGGUGAAUGGAGAGGUCGUUACCAGGAGCCUGUCGUGUCUGGAGCGCUUGUACCUGCGAUUGGAUAACGAGGCCACGGAGCUUCCCUUCCCUCUGGUUUUCUCGCAACUGAAGGAGCUGGCGAUCUGGUCGUAUCAGCUAAAGAGGCUUCCAGAGGACUUUGGAUCAACACUACCGCAGCUGCGAAAGCUGAAAAUUCAGCAGAAUUCAAGGCUGGACAGGCUGCCAGCAAGCCUUGCUGAGUUGCAGAACCUCACAUCCAUGGAGAUUAGCGCAUGGUAUUCCCGUAGAAGCUUUGUACCCGCUGGGGUCGCCACCCUGCCUCGGCUGCGCCAAGCGUACAUCAGUGGCAGCCAGCGUGAGCUGCUACAGCUGCCUGCCCCCCCCCCCCCCACCUCGUGUCCAUGAGCUGACUGUCUGCAGCACUCCGUCUGCUCUACAUUAGGAAACUCAAGUCAUGUUUUUGUACAGGAGCAACUUGUAUAGGCAGUCUCUUGCAUGUGGUGUAUCUUGACUCGAUAGACUUG